AUGUCGACCCUCGUCGUGGAAUACCUGAACAGGCGAUACACUGUGAAGACCACGCCCACGAUGGCCAUUGUGGACGUGCUGUCGAGCGUUUGCAGCAGAUUGAAGCCUCCUCUGGAUUCGGCAAACUGCUCCCUUGUGCGAGGAAACUGCACCCUGGACCCCUCUCUCUCCGUCCGGCUGGCCAAUCUCCCCUCCGGAACGAAGCUGAAGCUCGUGUCAGAUGCGCCCGCCUCUGUGGCGGGCUCAUCACAAGUGAGGACGAAUGCAGACGGUGCGGAUGGCAGGCAGGCAGGCCCCAGCUCCACCUCUGAGUGCGCGGCGGCUGCACGGCAGCAGCGGUGCGCACUGCCCUCCGAGAGUGCGGAUCACAGGUCGUUCCCUACCUCUGGGGGACAGACAUCUGCAGGGGAGUCGUCCAGUGUUCUAAGCGGCGAACGAGGCGUCUUCUUGUUCCACCGAGACGCCCUGUCAGGUGGCGGGCAGGAUCCACAGGCCGAGGAGUCUGACGAUUUUUACGACGUCACAAGAGAGGACCUAAUGAUGAUGGUGGCGAGCUAUGACGCUGCAAGGCGCAAGCUGGAGAGGGGGCUCAUGACCAGUGCCAUGCGGGAGGCGGAACAGAGAAAGGCUGCCGCUGAACUGGGGCCUUUGCGAAUAAGGUUUCAGUUUUUGGACGGCUUUGUGCUGCAAAGCUCUUUUGCUGCCACGGAACUCGUGGAAGCCCUGUACGAACUGCUGGGAGAGCACGUGCUGGAGGCUUUCAGAGCAAAGCUGGAGCUCACGGCGUUUCCGAAGCAGGCGCUCAAGGACAGGAAAAUGUCCCUGGUGCAGGCCAACCUUGCACCUGCAGCAAACGUAUCGGUGGGCAUUGAUGGUAAAUGGGUUGGAGGGGAGGUCGUGCUGCGGCCAGAGGUGCUUCAGCAAAAAAGUGUCCCACCAAACUGGCAGGGGCAGCAAGAUGCCCCACAGGGUGCCAUAUCGGAGCCAGCAGAGAGGGCCUGGCAGCAGCCAAGCAGAGAUGGCGGUGUGGCUGGCAACACAGUUCAGCCAAGGAAAGGCAUUCCGAAAUGGAUGAAACUUGGAAAAUGA